CCACCAUCACAUCAUGCAUUGAAUUGAUUAGGAUGAGAACAAAUUAAGAUCAAAUUUGUUAAUUAGGAUCCACAAAUUUUUUAUUUAGGGUUUUUAUCAAAUUGGACCGAUCUUAAAUUACUGAAACAAAUUGGAACUCUUUCAUAUGGUCUUGUUGAUACAUAACCUAAAAAGUAAGACAAUUAAGUUGAUCAUCAUGAGCAAUGAGAGUUUAUAAUCAGCGUUCAGCUUAUAACCUAUGAGAAUUCAAUUGUUUACAUAGUAACAGUAGCAAUAGAUAUAUGUGAAGUGUUAGAAAAUUAUUCGCUAAAUAUAAUUUCUCUUGGGCGUAUCUACAAGUAAUUCUGUUAUAAUAGAUAACUAUUCGUAGCAUCACAAGAAACAAAAUCUCUGUUUCUUCCGAUCUCGAAAACAACGAAGAAUGAAGAUAUCAAUGACAAUAAUAUAUACAUAUACCUCUACUUAGGUUAGUACUGAAGCUAACAUACUCUUAAUCUUCUCUAUUUAAGUCAUGGCAACUUUUAGUACUUCGUUCGUUGGAUCAAUCACAUACGUAAAUAAUGUCAGAUCUUCAUUAUUUGUCCACAAAUUGGCUGACCCUUCUUUCUAUUUUUCUGGUCAGAAGAUGCAAUUGGCAGCGGUGUCGACGGUGGUAGCGAUGGGUGGAGGAGCAAGGUUUAAGGGGACGCAUGAUAGAGAGAUGAAGCUGACAGAGAUGAUUGAGAACAAGGUGACGGAAGCGAAGGAGGUGUGCGCUGGCCAUGAAGGCUCCGAUGAAUGUAAAGUGGCGUGGGACGAGGUAGAAGAGAUUAGUCAGGCGAAAGCUCGUCUCAGAGUGAAGUUGGAGCAUGAAGAAGAUCCUCUUGAGUCGUUUUGUUCUGGAAAUCCAGAAACGGACGAGUGUAGCAUUUACGACGAUUGAUCGGAGAGGAAGUCUAACACCUACAACGACAAUUCAUGCGUCCACUCUCGCUGACUGUGUUUGUAGUUUGAAUUUUCUCUUAAAACAUAAAUAAAUAAAUUAUUAUUAUUAUUAUUA